AUGAAAUCUUCUUAUUUUUUUAUAAGUGCUUAUCUGAAAACAAUGUUAAUAUCUUUUGGAUGCUAGAAUAGAAAGAAUUAUUAACAAUUAUAUAUUUAUAAUCCUUUACAAGAAAAUAACUUUAGUUCGACUUAUUCCAUAAUAAAUUUUAUUAUAAUAGAAUUCAAACAUUAUUGGAGUUUAAAAGGAGAAGCAAGAAAAUGUAUAUUCCAUUAUAAAAAGAAAAUAAAAAUGAGAUCGUCAACUUCUUAAUAGUAUGAGAAUCGUGAAAAUAUGUGUCAAAUUCAUAAUAGCGAGAGAAUUGCAAUAGAUCUAAAUUCAACAUAAAAUGGAUCCAUUAAAUACCUUUGUUGUAACUGUGUAGUUGAGUAGUUGAAUAACAAUAGGGUUUCAACAAUUUAACAAACAUAAGCGAGAAUUUAAGAAUAUAAGGCUCUAAGAUAAGAAAAAAGAACUAGAGAUAUCUAGAUAAAGCUCCAAUAAUAUAAAAUAGUACUUGAAAAAUAUAUAGAGUUUAAAAUUAACGCUUGUAGUGCUUUGGCUAAGAUCGAAGAUUAAAUAAAAACAUAAAUUACUAUUCUAGAAGAAAAGCAAUCUUUAUUAAAAAAUUUUUAAACUACCUCUAAUUUUUAAGAGGAUGUUAAAUAAUUGUCUGAAUUUUUCAUUAACUGA